AUUAAUGAGAGUAUGAAUAAACCAAGUGAUUCGUCAUUAUAAUCACAAGUUAUGUCCCCUGCAGCCUGCACCUAGCACGUGCUCUAAUUAUCAUAAUUAAGUCAUUCAUAUGAAGUGUUAAUUAGGGUGUGAUCUCCACUAUUCUCUUUUUCUAUAUAUAUGUAUGAAACAGUAUCACAAAAUACUGAUUUAACCAAAAACAAAUCAAACAAAAAUGGCUCCUUUUGUUUUCUUCAUCUUUUUGUUUUUCUCAUCUGCUUCUGCUGCUUGUUUCAAUUGCACCAAGCAUUCAAAGGCUGCUUACUUUGCUCAAUCUUCUGGCCUUAUAUCUGGAGCUUGUGGGUAUGGUCCUUUAGCUCUGAAAUUCUAUGGUGGACAUGUUGCUGCUGCUGGUGAUACCCUUUUUAAAAGCGGUGAAGGCUGUGGUGGUUGUUUUCAGAUAAGAUGCAAGAACAGUAAUCUCUGCAAUAAAAAAGGGGCCACUAUAGUGUUGACGGAUCUUCACAGUGAUAAAGCGUACACUACAGAUUUUGUGCUAAGCAUCAAAGCGUUUAGGGCAAUGGCUUUACCUGGGAAGGACAAACAGCUCGUACAGCUUGGGAUUGCGGAUGUUGAGUACACGAGGACGCCUUGUGUUUACAAACGUCAAAAUUUGGCUCUCCAAGUGGAAAAAUUCAGCCACUAUCCAAACCAUUUGGCAAUCAAAAUUCUCUAUCAAGGUGGUCUAACAACUAUUGUUGGGGUUGAAGUAGCCUCGGUUGAUAAUCCAAGCUGGAUAUCCAUGAGCCGGAACUAUGGGGCUGUGUGGGACACGAACAAAGCUCCAAAUGGAAAAUUGAUGUUCAGGUUUAUUAUCUACUCGGGUUAUGAUGCGCAACACUUCUAUGUUAAUGAAGUUCUACCAGCAAACUGGACGCCUGGUGUCAUAUACAACUCUACCGUUCAAAUCGAUAACAUCUCUUUAGUCGAUACUUGUCCUGAUCCUUGUCCCUGGGUAUAAGUGAUCAAGUCGAUUUUGUAAUUGCUCCAUUCUAAAAUAAGUAUAACACUUAUUUUCAGAAGUUUCAAAAUAAAUGCAACAUUAGUUUAUUUGACAUUGAGUUCUAUUUCUCUUACUUCA